UUUUACCGUUUCAUAAACUGAUUAAAGGAAUGGUUUUAGAAAUUUUGAUUUACUCUUAAAACUUGUGUUUGUCUAUAUUUCUUCUGUCUAGUAGUCUCUGUUGCUCCAAUACGUAAAUACUUCUCUCCUUUUCCAGCGUACAGGAGUUUGAAUUGAAACCAACAAGAUGGCGCUAUGGAUGGAAACUGGCUCUGAACCCAAAACUGAAACAGAGAUCGCUGAUCUUGAAGCCAUUUCUGCCCUCAAAGAAUCAACUGCUCUUGAACUCAAGGAGAAAGGCAACGAGCUUGUGAAAAAGGGUAAAAAGCAUUACCCAGAAGCCAUCCACUGUUACAGUAGAGCCAUCAAUCAAAAAGCUCUAAAUGACCAUGACACCUCCGUUUUAUUCUCAAACAGAGCUCAUGUGAAUUUACUCCUUGGGAAUUAUCGACGUGCGCUCUCGGAUUCUCAAGAUGCCAUUAAGCUCUUCCCUGCUAACGUUAAGGCGUAUUAUCGAGCUGCCAAAGCGUGUCUAUCAUUGAAUCUGCUAGCGGAGGCGAAAUCUUAUUGUGAAAGUGGAGUUGGAAAAGACCCAACUAAUGAGGAGUUAAAGAAACUGGCAAAGCAAAUUGAUUUAAAGAAGUUGGAACAGGAACAACGUGCAGCGCAAGUUUCUAAGGCUCUUGUAGAGGCUAAGGACCUCGUUUCUGCCAUUGAAGAUAGAAGGUUGAAGCUUGGGAAUGCAAUGUAUAGAGAACUUACCGGAUUAAGGAAGCCGGUUUUGGAUAAAAAUGGAAUUCUUCAUUGGCCUGUUUUGCUACUCUAUGCGGAGUUUAUGUCCAGUGAUUUUAUAGAGGACUUCUGCGAAACCGACAUGUUUUCAGCUCACCUUGAUAUCAUGUUUUCAGAAAGUUGCCCACCUUUACCAUGGGAUAAGGAAAACCAUUAUUCCCGUGACGCGAUUGAACUCUACUAUGAGGCUGGUUCUGGGAUUUGCCUGUCUAAGAGAAAAAUUCUCCGAUAUCUCCUAGAAGGGACUGCAGCUGCUAAUGUGGAAAGCAUUGGAGAGGAAGAAAAGGAUGCAGCUGAUGGUUCUCCAUACGACAGUUCUGCAGGUUCAUCCAAAUGGGUCAAAGUGAAUGAAAAAAGAACACUUCACGACGUGUUGAAAGAACCAAACUUCAUUAUUCCAAUGAUACCAGUCCAUUACGUUGUUUCAAAAAGAUCUGGCUUUUAUAAGGACUUCAUAACCGGAAAAUGGAGACCUCCAGCAUGAAUAGAAUGCACAUGCUAGACAGCAAGCUUGGGGUUUAUACACCAUAUAUGAUGGUCAUGAUGUUCUUCAAGUGAGCUUAAAGUUUCCAAGCCAUUGAUUUGUUCGUGUAUUAGUUAGUUGGCAUUUCAUAUUUUCACAACAAAGACAAAACUGGACAAGACUAGGUCUAGGAUGAAGGAGUUUCUUUUACAUCUUUAUAACUUGAGUGAUAAUGUCCAUUUUUGAGUUGAACUAUCAAAAAUGCAUCAUUGGUUUAUCUAUAAAGCACGUGAAGGGCAUUACAAGUCCUGUUUUUGAAGCUAAAA